GUACGUCGCAGUAACUGCGCAACACAAGUCAUCAUAACUCAAGAACCAUCUCUCCCUCCUUCUCAAGAGAGCCUGUGAACAGUGAGCGAGUCUCUGCCAUUUUUUUGUGUUUCUUUUUUCAGUGGGGAUGAUGGGUUGCGUUGGGUUUGGAUAGAUUCUUGAGCUAAGUUGUCGCCCAAAAAAAAAAAAAAAGGACAGGAUCCUUAACUUCGUUUCGUCAUUCUUCCCUCCGCUGUCCUCACCCCCCCCCCUCUUCUUUCCUCUUUUCCUUUUUCAUUUUUUCUUUCGUUGCUUUAUAAAUCAUUAUCAUUUCCGAACCUGCUUACCGUUUUUCCCUCUUCCCAUCCGGUUUUUCCUUUUCGCUCCUGCUUCAAAUCUGGUUCUUGGUUUCCGUUUCUAGCUUCCUGUCUUUAUUCGAGCUCAAACCCAUCAUACCCAUCUUGCAAAACGAAUAUAUUCUCUCUUAUUUGCGUCUUUUGAGUUACUUCCUUUUCAUAUUCUGAAGAAUCUGUGAUGGGGGUUUUGAGCUGAUUUCGCCUAAUGCAACAGAUAUCCACUUCUGCUCUCAUUUUUCUCACCAAGUAUCAGCGAAGAUUCUGCUCUGUUAUCAUCAACUUUAGAGUUUCUGAGGUGCUCAGCUUCCCCACUUCACUUGGCUGACAAGAUCCUGGUGGGAUUUCUGCUUUGUCUCAGUUUUGCUUCUAGGUCUUCAGACAUGAAAUAAAGGUCGUGGCUUCUGAGCUUUUUAAGCAACAUUUCAAGUUGUUUUCCCCGACCCAAGUUCCUAUUUUGAGGUAUCAAUCGCUUGUGAUGGGGUGGUUGGUGUCUCUUGGGUUGGCCUGGGUGUUGUUGCUCUCAGUGGUGAGCUCAGUGAGUGGGAUAGGGGCUAACUGGGGUACUCAGGCUACACACCCUCUCCCACCAGCAACGGUGGUGAGGAUGCUGAGAGACAAUGGCUUCCAAAAGGUGAAGCUUUUCGACGCGGACUAUGGGGCGUUGAGGGCUCUGGGAAGGACUGGGAUUGAGGUCAUGGUGGGGAUUCCCAAUGACAUGCUUGCUUCUAUGGCGGGCAGUGUGAAAGCUGCUGAGAGAUGGGUGUCCAAGAAUGUCUCCACUCACAUCUCCAGCUAUAAUGUCAACAUAAGGUAUGUUGCUGUUGGCAAUGAACCUUUCCUGCAAACGUACAACGGAAGUUUUCUCAACACAACCUAUCCCGCCCUCCAGAACGUCCAAUCUGCCCUCAUAAGAGCUGGCCUUAGCAGCCAAGUGAAGGUCACUGUCCCCCUCAAUGCCGACGUCUAUGAGAGCUCGACCAGCUUACCAUCUGGUGGGGAUUUUCGUGCAGGCAUCCACGACUACAUGAUCCAGAUUGUCAAGUUCCUGAGCGAUAACGGGGGUUCUUUCACUGUGAAUAUCUACCCCUUCAUUAGUCUCUACACUGACCCCAACUUUCCCGUGGAAUAUGCCUUCUUCGAUGGCAACGCAUCCCCUGUCGUCGAUGGCAGCACAACGUACUAUAACAUGUUCGAUGCUAACUACGACACGCUCGUGUGGGCCCUGCAGAAGAAUGGCUUCGGGAACUUGCCAGUCAUUGUCGGAGAGAUCGGGUGGCCCACUGAUGGGGACCGGAACGCGAACCUGAUCUAUGCCCAGCGCUUCAACCAAGGCUUCAUGUCCCACAUAUCGGGUGGCAAAGGAACCCCCAUGAGACCAGGACCCAUCGACGUUUACUUGUUCAGUCUGAUUGAUGAGGAUGCUAAGAGCAUCGAGCCAGGAAAUUUCGAGCGCCACUGGGGGAUUUUCCGCUAUGACGGGAGGCCCAAGUACUUGUUCAAUCUCGGCACCACCAGUUCCAAUGGCUUGAUUCCUGCACAAGGCGUGCACUAUCUCGAGCAGAAGUGGUGUAGAUUGAAGAUGUUAGCCAACCUCACAGCUGAUCAAGUGGCGCCGAGUGUGAGCUACGCGUGUUCGCUAGCCGAUUGCACUAGUCUCGGUUACGGGACAUCUUGUGGGAAUCUAGAUGCUGAAGGGAACAUCUCGUAUGCAUUUAACAGUUACUACCAGAUAAAUAAUCAGCUUGACAGCGCUUGCAAGUUUUCAGGCUUGGGGACGAUCACUAGGACAGAUCCUUCAGUUGACACUUGCAAAUUCAACAUCAUGAUCCAACCCUAUUACGGGAGUGCGGGAAGGCUACGUGGCUAUCUUGGAAACAUAUUCGGGUUGUCACUCAGCCUGAUUGUUUUGUUACUGAUGAUUCUGUGACACUUUAUUUCUAAGUUCAUAAGCACUAAUCUUAACCAAGCAGGAUUCAGGUGAAGGCGAUUGCAUAGAAACAAGGAUGGCAUCAACGCUUGAUUCUCUGUUUUGGUUGGCAAAUUGGUCAGUGGAUGAGUCAAGAUCAUGGUUGCCUACAUGCAUUUCACCGGGAUGAGACGAUGUGGGGGUUACUUAGAAAUAUGUUGUCUUGGAAAAAAGGAACAACAUGAACUGUCUUCCUUGCUCUUCUUUUAGUGUGUGCGCGGCGAAUGUGUACACAAUUGCGCACAAUAUCUGCGUAUCCUAUUUCUUGGGUAGCAGGGUUUUGUUUCUGGGUGGUGGUGUUCAGUUGUGCUCUGUUCAUGGUCUUCUACGCUCACGUUAGGUUUGCCUAUCAAGAGGCGACGUGUUGUUGAUGUGGGACAAACAGCGGAUAAGUUCACUGAUUGAGCUUUGCCAAUUAAGAACAGUUAUCUGUGAUCUUUUAGGAUCAGUAUUGUUUUUGAGCACCA